CCCUACUGGGAAACUGGAUCAUGAAGAAACUUUAAGACAGACACAAAGCUUCAUUUCUGUUGAGCUUGAAGGACCAAUUAAAUUCCUGAAGCUCCUGUUAAUCAUGAGAAAGCUGAAACAAAUCCUGAAAAAGCCUGUGUGUGUGCUGCUGGCCAUCUGUUUGCUGUGGUGUCUGAGCCUGCCUUAUUUCAUUCUGACUAAAGUUGACCAGAGGAGCAUCGGUGUGACUGCUGACAACGGACUGAGGGAAAACAGGAAAGUGUGGCUGGAAACAAGCAAGGCCCAAGAUGUGAUGAAGAUUUUUGUCCAGUUUGUGGAUGAUCUGCUGAACGCCGUCGAAACGGAUAAUGAUGUCUCAGCAUCGCCACGUUUUAAAGGCUACAAGGAGGACAUAAAAGCUCUUCAGGAGAAAAUGGAGGCAGAGAAAGUGAAAGGUCAGAUGAAGGAUGAGAUGAUAAAGGAGCUGCGUGCUGAUAAAGUCCAACUGCGUCAAGAAGUGACUCGCUUGGAGGAGCUUCUAAAGCUGCAGCUGCAGAAGGAAGAGAAAAAGGAGAGAGUGGAAUCUGAGGAUGAAAUCCUAGAAGAUAAAAAUUGCCCGCUGCCACCAUUGGAUGGAUUUCCAGAGUGUAAGGGAAAAAUCAAGUGGAUGAAGGACAUGUGGCAGACGGAUCCUUGCUACAGCAGUUAUGGUGUGAAUGGGUCGCUGUGCUCCUUCCUCAUCUAUCUCAGCGAGGCAGAGUCCUGGUGUCCUGUUCUUCCAGGCCGAGUUGUGCCUCCAGUCAUCGAAGAGGAUGUUUUAGAGGAUGCAGCGGUACGAGGACAUUUUGAGGGGCUGCACCAGUUUUUGCACAACAAGACUGAAUUUAGGUGGAUCCAACAGAGAAUUAAAAGUAUGGAGGAGAUUUGGUUGGAGGCAGGACGUUCUCUCUCAACCAAAUACAACCUGGGAGACCGGAAAGCCAAACAGGUACUUGUGCAUCCUGGUGUGCUUACGAAAGAAGCGGGUCUCAAAAUAGCUGAGAAUGCUUUCAGCGGCGGCCCCCUCGGGGAGCUGGUUCAGUGGAGUGACCUUAUUUCCUCACUUCAUGUUUUGGGUCACCACCUUCACCUGUCGGCCUCCCUUCCCAGCCUCAACAAGUUUUUCGGGACUCAGACUGGCGGAUGUCCCUCUCGACAUUCACUAGUGGAACCAAAUUUGAUUUAUACAGAUAUAAUUGGUCUUAGACAAAUCCAGAAAGUACUUAAGACGUCGUGGAUCAAAUACAAGUGUAUAAUCCGUGUGCUGGACUCUUUUGGCACUGAACCAGACUUCAAUCAUGCAGACUGGGCAAAAAAAUUCAACCUCAAAAGUCCGUUUGGUGGCCUCAGUCUGACCCCCAUGCAGUUCUAUACCAUGUUUCCUCAUACACCAGACAACACAUUCCUCGGCUUCGUGGUACAACAUCAGCUGAGUCUGGAGGAGAACGAGAAGCUGAAGUCCAUCCAGAGAAAAAAACAGGCGCUCAUUUAUGGGAAGAGUGCCACAUUUUGGAAGGGUAAAAAGUCUUAUCUGGACGUCAUCCACAAGUACUUGGACAUCCAUGGGACAGUCGACAACAGUACUCUGAUACCAAACUACGUGACAAAUCAUGGUAUUAUCAAAGGAACUGAAGUGCAGACCUUGUUGAGACAAAGCAAAGUUUUUGUUGGGUUGUCGUUCCCAUAUGAAGGCCCCGCCCCUCUGGAAGCCUUGGCCAAUGGCUGUGCUUUCCUGAACCCCAGAUUAAAACCUCCACACAGCAGCCUGAACACAGAGUUCUUCAAAGGAAAACCCACCAUCAGAGAGGUCACAUCCCAGCACCCAUAUGCUGAAGAAAUAGGGGAGCCCUAUGUGUGGAUGGUAGAUAUGGAUAACCAAACAGAUGUGGAGAGAGCUAUCACUGCUAUACUCAAUCGCACUAUACAACCCUACCUUCCCUAUGAGUUUACAUGUGAAGGAAUGCUCCAGAGGGUUAAUGUCCUGAUUGAGAAACAGGAUUUAUGCUCACCUGCUAUGAGCUGGCCUCCUCUGAGCGCGCUCCAGGUAGUGAAAGCGGAGGUAGGAACUUCGUGUAAACAGGCCUGUCGGAGGGCGGGGCUUAUCUGUGAACCAGCAUUCUUUCCAUACCUCAACAAUGCCAACAAUCUUGCCAGCCACAAUAUAGCUUGUCAGACGUCUGAGUUUUCAGACGGCCACCUUGUGUUCCCAGCCUACGACAGCACCAGGGAACAUUGCCUCUUCCAGUCGGAUUCUCUGCUCUACAGCUGUGUCAGAUCCGAGCACUCACUAAAUCGCAUCUGUCCCUGCAGAGACUACAUCAAGGACCAAGUAGCCUUAUGUAAGGCAUGUUUAUAACUGCUGAACAAUGAACAAAAUGCCACUGAAUGUCACCCCAGCAUCCAGUAUCAGCUCAGUGUUUCCUCCUGGAGUCUCCAAGUUUAAUUUAUUUAAAAUUUUGUAGUUUGAAGCUCUAACAUCAAGAGUUGACAACCUGAUUCCUUUAGGAAUUUAUGAUAUUCCCAAUGGUGGGAAAUGAAAAUGACUUGAAACAAGCCUGUCAUGUUAUCAUAUGUUAUGUGUAACUCCACUGUGUCUUUAAUGAAUCAUUUGGAAAAAGUCCAUCUUCAUUUACAUAUGAGUUUCUAGCUCUUAAAUUUGCUAGCACGUCUGCUAAUGGUUGCAUGUUUUUUUUUUUCAGAUUGCAACACAUUUGCAUUUAAUUUACAAACUGACUUUGCUUCUUUUACUUUUGCUUAAAAUAUCUUCAAAUUCCAAUUAACAGUAACUGUAUCUAAAAUUCCUGUAAUGCUGAGGAUUUAGUUUUUUGUUCUACAAAUGCACGUCUGGAAAAUGAACACAUUGUACAUAGUUCUGUUCUUCCAGUGUUAAACCUUUUAAAUCAAGUUAAUUUGCCAAAUUUUUGAAGCUCUAUUCCAAUUAAACCAAUUUAGGCAAUGGUUUCUAAUGCCUAGAUAAUAUCUUUGGAAGUUCCUCUUUAACAUUCCCAUGGCUCACUUAGUUCAUGUUGUCAGGACAGAGCAGAGUGACUUCAUACUUGAAAUGAUGAUGCAAAAGUGUGAAAUAUUACCUUAGAUGGUGAGAAAGCUUACUGGUGGAGUAAAUAUUGCAGGAAUCUUUAUCAGCCUCUUUAUGAAACAGUGUGAAAUGCAAGUGGUCACAUUUGUGUCUGUAACUCAUGCUCCCUUCAUACUUGUGCCACAAAAUGUGAUUUUAAAAAAGUACGUUUUCUGAAUUA